UACCCUCCUUCCACUUUCACCUCCCCCGACCCGUUUCGCCUAGCCUCGGGGCCUUGUGAUUGGUUCACCUCUCGUGUCUGUCAAAGCUGUGUAGGCGGGAUUCAAACAAUCCACUCGUGUUCCCUGCGCUGUGGACUGUGCGCCACCGCAGACCAAGAGUGGGGCAGACCGGAGCGCAGCAGCGGCAGCAUCUUUCUUGUUACCUUGUUAGGACGGCUGUUCUCAUUCCCUUAUAGGCUUUCUGCUGUUGUGCAGAGUUCCUUAAACUGAAGCUGUACGUCUUCAGCAUCCGUGCAAAUAUCCACUAGAGUAGGAACAAUUUUUGGAGCGUUUUUGAGCCCGCUUUCAAAAGCAGCAUACUCUACGGGGUCGUGAAGUCGGCGGUGUAAACCCCCUUUCCACAAAACGCACAAAAGACGCACACUCAAGUCCACCUGGAUAGUUGACAGAACCGUCCAGUCCGGUUCGAGGUCCGCCGGGGAGAAACGGAGAGGAGAAAUUAGCACGGAAGACACGAGCAAGAGAGAGAGAGCGCGAGAGAGAGAUAGAAGACAGGAUGAUUCUCAAGCGUCAUUUGAUUUUCACCCUGUGCACUAUUUAUGGGAUUCUUCUGAAAGUGAUGGCUUCAAAAGGCAAAGUUCGAGGCCUCAGCGGUCAGUACCCCCUGGUCCAGAAUGUGACGGUUACAGAGGGCGGGACGGCGAACAUGACCUGCCAAGUGGAGUACAAUGACAACACCUCCCUCCAGUGGUCAAACCCGGCACAGCAGACCCUUUUCUUUGGGGACAAAAAGGCUUUGCGGGACAACAGGAUCGAGCUGGUGCGUGCGUCGUGGUCGGAGCUGACCAUCAGUAUCAGUGACGUCACACUAUCCGAUGAAGGCAUGUACACCUGCUCUCUCUUCACCAUGCCCGUCAGAACGGCCAAAGCCUACCUGACUGUUCUGGGAGUGCCAGAGAAGCCAGAGAUUGACGGGCUGAGAAAGCCUGCCCUGGAGGGAGACCACAUCACUCUGACUUGCAUCACCCAGGGCAGCAAGCCUGCCGCCGACCUGCGCUGGUUCAGGAAUGAGAAGGAGGUCAAAGGUGCUAAGGAGGUGAACGCAAGCGGGAGGACAUUUACGGUACGGAGCUCCCUGCAGCUGCAUGUGGACAGGAAUGAUGAUGGAGUGGCCUACACCUGUAGAGUGGACCAUGUGGCACUCGCACAGACACCACAGCAAGCCACCGAAGUGCUGGAGGUCCACUAUGCCCCUCGUGUGGAAAUCGUCCACUCCCUUGCAGUCCCUCAGGAGGGUCAGUACCUGAAACUGGAGUGUGUAUCCAAAGGAAACCCCUCACCGGAUCCUGUGAUGUGGACAAAGGAUGGCGGCGAGCUUCCUGACCUGGAGAGAAUGAUUGUAGAGGGGAGGGAGCUCACCUUCACUUCUCUCAACAAGACAGACAAUGGCACCUACCGCUGCGAAGCCAGCAACCACCUAGGCACCAGCAGUGCUGAAUAUGUACUCUACGUCUAUGACGUCCCCACCACCUUGCCUCCAUCCACCACUCCCCCCCCACACCCCACUCCUCCAGAUCCUACUGACACCCACGGUUCAGACCCCACAGUCACUGGCAACAGAGAUCCCAACGCUCUGGGGCAGCACGGCACUGACCACGCCUUGAUCGGAGGAGUGGUGGCUGUAGUGGUCUUUGUCACCCUGUGUUUAAUCAUUGUUCUGGGAAGAUACCUAGCCAGGCAUAAAGGAACAUACUUGACAAAUGAGGCCAAAGGAGCAGACGAUGCGCCAGAUGCUGACACAGCUAUCAUCAAUGCUGAGGGCAACCACGCACACGCGGAAGAAAAGAAAGAAUAUUUCAUUUAGACUGCAGAGGGAGCUGUGCUGCUCCCUCUCUCUCGCUCCUUUUUCCUCUUUCUAUCUCUGUAUCUGUUUCUCUCUGUCUCUAUCCCCCUUUCCUCUCCACCUCUGACCACUGCCCCUGUUCUGUCAACGAGGAAACCCCAGGCAGUCCAUAGACAGAGAAGUCCCAUAAAUGUUUUCCUAGUAUUGCCUUUUGUUGAGCCCAUUUCUUGUCAUUUCAUCUUGUCCUUCAUUUCUUUUUAUUUCCUUUCUUUUUCUUUGUUUUGGCAGCCAGUUCUCAUAGGCAGCUUGCCAUUGUCGCCGGAGUCGUCCCCUUUCUCAUAUUUUUCUUCAUCUUCGACAUGAAUAUCUGUAAAUCUGUAUAUCUACCAUGACUGCUUAUUACACGAACCCCCUUACUCAUCCUCUGCCCUGUUCCCCUCCAAACAGAUACCCAAACACACAUAUCCCCCCUUUGUUCACACACAUCCAAAAACACAUAUCAUAUCUCACAUUAACACGGUGCCUAAAAAUACAGACGCCCAUUGAACUUCUGUCAAUGCCUUCAUGUAUCGUCUGUCAGUAGCAAUGUAAAUGCUUUGUGGGUGGUUAUCUUGACCAUCGUCUCAUCGCUUAGCUCACAGUUCUUGAUUAUGCAUUUCGUCUUUUUUUUAUUAUUUGAAUGAGGAUCUGUGCUGUUUACGCCUUAUAUAUGUCUACCACACUGAAUAUGGUACUUUUAGAUGAUCCACGCCACCCCUCCCCAUCCUCUAAAUAGACUUGUAAUUAAAAAGUUGACCCUUGUAAGAUAAGAAGAAGGUUUUGUGUAACACUGUAGCAAGGUUUGUCAGAUAUGUGUAUAAUAUGAUUUUCAUCAUUAGUUUAUAGGGUAAAGGGUAGUAUGGUAUUGUUUAGAGCAGAGAAGCUAAGAUUAAUACACACCAAAAAUAUAUGACAGAGAUGCUAGAUGAAGCACUCCAUCAAAUAAACACAAUCACAUAUAUAAAACCAUUUUGCUAAACCUGCUGUUUCUAUGUACUUUUGUCUGUAUAUUCCUGCGCUGUUCAGGCUGCAGUUUAGCUAAACACCAACGCUUUCACAGUGUCCUCUCGACAGCUUACAGUACUUUGUUACUCACACCACAGACUGUGGUGUGCAAAGAGAAUCCAGAGUUGUAUAAAUUGUAUCCCAAUUAGUCUGUUUAGCUUUUCACUCUGAAAAACUUCUGUUAAUUUCACAUACCUCAUGACAUUGAAAGAAUUUAUUCAACUAAGACUUAAAGACCCCAUGAAAUGUCAAAAAUGAUAAUUUUGUCUCUUGUCAAGCAGUGCAUCGAACCAUAAGGGGUUGAUACAGGACAAAAAUAUGCCAUGUGGAAAUGUAUGCUUAAAUAACUUUGAACUGCUAUUCCAGUAAAUAUAUUGUGUUCAAUACCUGCAUGCACAGGACGUACAUUUUGAUUGAAACAUGUUAGUUUUUACCACAGAUGUGCAUCCUAGACAUGAUGCCAGGACUAAAGUGCAAAAGUGUUGGACAACAAUCAUAUUUCUGCUCAUUUGUUUUUACUGUCACCUCCACAAUUACUAGAUAUCCAGUUGUGGCCAUUGACCAUUUGGUUAUCAUGAUCGCUAACAGACUGUACAGUGCACUCCCAUCCAUUCAACUGCACAACUCCUGCUGUGUUUCCUUUUUUUUUAAUCAGAGGCACACAUCAUGAUCUUAACUUUGAUAUCCAUUUCAUGGGGUCUUCAACCAUGACAAACACAAAAUAAUUGUGAGAGUGCUGGGUCAUAGCGCUGCAGGGGCCUCCUUUCCCAAAACUAAAUACUGAAGACAAAAAGAGAAGCACAAAAAUGUCGAAAUGAGUAACUGUGUUCCUUUGCCAACAGCUACAUUACCUUGGUUCCUCUAUUCAAACCAGUAAAGCAAAGACGACAAGGCUGCCUUUGAUUGAAUCCUGAAAAAAAAAAAAAAACUACAGUGCAUAUUUUUUUAAGUGUAUGCUUAAUUAUGUUUUUUUUUUUUUUUUCUAUAAAGAACAAUCUUGUUUUCAAUUCUUUUGUUUAUAUGGUUCAAAGCUCCCAGCUGUAUAUUGUGUCUGCUAAAAUGUGGUUAAUUGUGAAAAUUGCUGUUAGAUUUUGGAUUCCCAUAUUCCCUAAAAUUUGUAUAUUAGCGAUCUAAUCUAUUUACAAGACUUUUUCUUUUCAUUUGUCACUGCAUAUUCAUUUAAAAAAAAAAAAAAACUUUCAAACAAAUGUAUUUUGUUUUGGCACAAGGCAUGUAUAUAAUGUGUGAAAACUACACUUGGGUAAUUCACAUUGGCAUGUUUUUGUUUGGUUCCUUUUAUGCUUAAUUUAUUCGAACUGAGGUUAUUUAAGAGAGAACCACUAUUAUAGUGUAUUCGUCCCUUAAUUUUGGAGGACAGUGGCUUCUUGUGUUUGUGGCAUGCUCUGUGGUGCUACAGAUCAUGAGGGAGUUAAUGCUGAAGUCAACAUUAAAGAAAAAAUUCAGUGAAACCUUUAAAUAACCUGAGCAAACAUUUUUACCUUGCACAAUCUACAAGACAAAUUUGUCAUCACGUCCUCUGAAGUAGAGGAAAAUGGCAAUUUGUCUUUCUUAAAUCCUUAAAUUGCCAACUGAAAGCGUAAAAAGAAACGCAUUAAACGUAAAUGGUGUUAAAAGAAACAUCUUGUUGGAGGCAUACUGUCUUUGGUAAGAGAAAAGUAUAACAUAUCCCAAUGAGCUACACACAUUCCUGUUGUUUCCGUAUGUCCCUGCUAUUCGUCCAAGGAAUCACUUUGCUGGAAUGCAUUUGUCUGAUGCCGGUCCUUUUGUGGAAGAAUGAUCAACAAUAUGGAAGUCAAGACUUAAAAGCAAGGCACGGAUCUACUAAGAGGAGGCAAAUUAUUACGAAGGGCAAUAAAAUGGUGUGCCCAGCUGUCUCCAAUUCGGUGGCCAAUUUACAAUAUUAUGCAAAUUAGGUCAGCGCAAUUUUGAUACCAUCUGGGACUUGCUCUUGUCCACUGGCUGAAACAUGGGUUGGCUACGAUGUGCUUUCUCCAAGUGUUAGCUCGCACGCUGUUUGAGUAAAUCACAGGUUGGGAGUCAUUAGAUUAAUCGUCGCUUCCUCAAUUUUUGCCUGUCAGUAUUGACAUAUUAAUUAGGUUACAUACUACACUUCAGUACAUAUUAAUAAGGUUAAAAAGGCAUAAAGAGUCUGUGCCACAGUUUCUGUACUCUACAGUGCUUGUGCGCACUGUUUCUAAAUCAGACUCAUCACGUUGUUCAGGUGCAACUGCAUCGGCACCCCUGCAGACUUUUAGUAGAUCCAGGCCAAAGUGUUGCAGACUGCUCCUUGUCUUUACAAAUCUUAGAUAUCAUGUUUCAUGUGAAGAGAAUUUUAACAACAAUGUAAUGUCUUGUUUUGUCUUACUUUUUUUAUUCAGUUAAUUCCUUCAUGUCUUAAAUCAGUGACAUGUUACGUGUCGGUAUCAUUGCUGCAUUAUAUCCACAUUUUUAAAAGACAGAGAACGGUGAAAUGGAUUUGCUGAUCUAAAGUCAGAGAAAAAGGCUGUUUUAUAUUAUGUGGUGAAUAGCCAUUAACCAGGUUUGCAGUGAUGAGAGGUUGGUGUUUGUUUUUUGAAAUGGAAUUUGUGCCAUCUUCCUGAAUUAUGCACUCUGACUGAUGUGAGGGAUAUUUCCAAGAAAAUGGAAAAAAAAAAAAAAUCUGGGUGUUUUUUUCUGCUGAAAUCCACAUGUAAAUAUUUGUUUUGACAUGACAGUAAUGAGCUAAUGUGUUGCAAAUGGCUUUUUAUAAUAGUUAGACCAAACUUUUCUGUUUUUUGUUUUGUUUUUUUAUUUUCAUUUUUCUUAUUUUAACAGCCUGGCACAUACCAUCAUGCACUAUUUUACUAUAACAGAAUCAACUGUAGCUCUGUUACAUCUUGGGAUCACGGUUAUUAGUUGUAUUUCUUUGUUGUCAGCUGAAACUAAGCUUUAAACCUGUUGCCUCCUUGCUUUCCAACACGCACUGGCUCAGUUUAACAUUCACCACGGGCAAUAUCUGCUACAAAUAUCAGCUCUCAGUCCCUGAUAGAAAAGGGAGACUUUUGAAAGUAAUUGCCACUUUUACUCUUAAUCUCUAUGAAUGCUUUCUUUUUUUUUUUUUUUUUUUUUGACAAUUUCAGUUAACGUUUUCUUUAACUCAUGGUUUCUUGGGGUUUUUUUUCCACAGCAGUGAUGAUAGCAUGACAUGGGCUGUUCGGUAUUAUCUCUCCUCUCCUGGCCCUUCAUAUGUCUUCGCUGUACAGAUUGGCUUCAGUGCACUUCUUUGUUCCUCUGCAAUAUUGACACAAGAUUUGGCCCAAUCUCUACAUUGUUACUUUGAUGACAACAUGAUACACAAUCGCAUGUAGUGUCGUUGUUUUUUUGUUUUUGCUUUUUGUUUUUGUUUUUUUUCUAUAUCUAUUUCUUUCGUUUUGCAUCUCAGGAAUAUAUUUCAUUCAGAGAUUUGGUUUUGUUUUCUGUCUUAAACGGGGACUUGUGAGCACUUCUCACUCUGCUCCUCCCUGAAUGCUGACGCCAUGUAUUUGUUGAGUUUAAGAUUAUCACAAUGUUAAUAAAAUUAUUCAGUGAUUAUUCAGUAAUACUGUCAUCUUGAUGUCAUUGGGUUAUUAGACUUAAGGAACAGUUUUUGAUAUGAUCACUGACUUGAAAUAUUAAGAUUUAGAAAUAUGCUGCAAAUAAGGAGUUUCAAGGACACAAGAUAAAAGUCGUGUUUAUACACAAUGUAGUGAUAUUCUAGCUGAUGGUACAUAAGUAGUUCAAUGCUUUUGCCCUCUCUAUCAUUAUGUUUUCCUCGUAGCCACACACAUCUUUAUGUAUAUCGGUCUUUAGCUGGAAGGAGUUGUAACUCACCAUCGCUCACUUAAAUCAAAGUUUUUCACAGUAUAGCUCAGCAAGAUCAAGCUUAGAGCUAGACACACUGUUAGUUGAUUCAGCUUCUGAUGUACCAUGGUGAGUCCUUGAAAUUAGGGAUUUUGCAUCAAGCUGUACUGAAAAGGCUUGAUUGGGUAUAUAGCACUGUAAUGGAGGUGUUUCUCCCCCAGUGUCUGUGGGAUUUAUUCUAUUUAAUUUAGAGGCUCAUUCUCAUGUAUGAAAUGGAAUUGUUGAAUAAAUAGUUGCCAAAACAUCUGUA